AGCAGAGCGCACGUCGCGUAGUAGAGCCGUGUUCAAUGUCGUGCGGGCGCGGCGCGGUGCCCUCGCUCGCCUGCGCCGCCUGUCUCUGUCUGUACCACCCCGCGUGUGCAGGACUGCCGCACUCACAGAUACCACCCAGUAACUUCCUAUGCAAGAACUGCAGAAAGUCAACCUCCCCACCAUUGGAGCCUCCACCUCUGACGCACAAGUCGGGAGCGACAGUUCCCGCCGGCGGGCCGGAGGGCGUGUCGGGGGGCGUGACCGGGAGACGGCCCUCCGGCGUGCCCAGCCCGCUGCCAGUGCCCGCCAAAGUUAGACCUGAUAAGCGAGUGCUGCUACGUAUGAAAGUGGCGGGAGGUAAAGAGGACGGUACCCGCGUGUGGGCGGUAGCGCCGACCAGCAGCGGCCCGUAA